GCAGAGCCGCUGAGAUAUCGAAAGUAAUAGUUUAAGACAAUGACUGUCUUCAGUAAAAAUUAUAUUGCCGUGGCGCCUUAUUUGCAGAAAGGAAUUGAUUUGGUCACAAAAGCAACUGACGAAGAUCGUGCAAAAAACUAUAGCGAAGCCUUAAGACUGUAUGAACACGGUGUUGAAUAUUUCUUACAUGCUAUAAAAUAUGAAGCACAUAGCGAAAAAGCAAAAGAAAGUAUCAGAGCUAAAUGUGUUCAAUAUUUGGAAAGGGCUGAAAAAUUAAAAGCCUAUUUGAAUAAUGAUGGAAGUGAUAAAAAGAAACCGGUUAAGGAUGGAAGCACGAACGAUAAAAACAGUGACAGCGAGGAAGAACCUGAAAAAAAGAAAUUUCAAUCCCAACUCCAAGGGGCAAUUGUAAUGGAAAAGCCCAAUGUCCUAUGGGAUGAUGUAGCUGGCUUAGAAGCAGCUAAAGAAGCUUUGAAAGAAGCUGUUAUAUUGCCUAUAAAAUUCCCUCAUUUGUUCACCGGAAAAAGAACACCUUGGAAGGGUAUUUUAUUAUUUGGACCACCAGGAACUGGAAAGUCAUACUUAGCGAAAGCUGUUGCAACUGAAGCAAAUAAUUCUACUUUCUUUUCAGUCUCAUCAUCUGAUUUGGUUUCAAAAUGGUUAGGAGAGAGUGAGAAGCUUGUAAAAAAUCUCUUUGAAAUGGCUAGAGAAAACAAACCUAGUAUAAUAUUCAUAGAUGAAGUUGAUUCAUUAUGCUCCGCUAGAAGUGAAAAUGAGUCUGAAUCUGCAAGAAGGAUAAAAACGGAAUUUUUAGUCCAAAUGCAGGGUGUCGGAAACAAUAAUGAUGGAGUUCUAGUUUUAGGAGCGACAAAUAUUCCAUGGGUUUUAGAUGCAGCUAUUAGAAGACGUUUUGAGAAGCGUAUAUAUAUUCCUUUACCCGAGGCCGGCGCCCGUACUACUAUGUUUACCUUACACAUUGGUAAUACUGUGACGCAAUUAAAACAUGAAGAUUUUAAAGCUUUAGGAGAACGGAGUGAAGGAUAUUCCGGAGCUGAUAUAUCAUUAGUUGUACGUGACGCCCUCAUGCAACCAGUACGAAAAGUUCAGACAGCAACUCAUUUUAGAAAAGUCAAAGGGCCAUCUCCUAACAACAAAGACCUUGUUGUAGAUGAUCUUUUAACACCCUGCAGUCCUGGUGCUCCAGGAGCAAAGGAAAUGAGCUGGAUGGAAGUUCCAGGAGAUAAAUUAUUAGAACCACCAGUAACAAUGAAUGACAUGAUUAAAUCUCUAGAAGUACAGAAACCAACAGUAAACGAGGAAGAUCUUAAAAAGCUGCAAAAGUUCACUGAUGAUUUUGGCCAGGAAGGUUAAAAUCAGCGGAAACAAACUGCUUAAUAUUUACUCUCAAAAAUAAAACAUAAAAAUUAUAUAUUUUAUUUCGUUUUAACCAUGAAUGAUUUAUUCAAUAUUUUUUAAAUUGUAUGUAAAGAGUAGCUGCUUCAUUUCCGUAUGAAGUUGAAGUAAGGAAAAUAAAACUUGUUCAUACUUUAGUUCAAUUACAUCGUAAGUAUAUAAAUAUAUAUAUAAAUUUAUAUAAAUAUAGACAGUAUAUAUGUAAAGCUUUAAUUGAUACGAAAUUUAUUCUUCUGUUUUUAUAGUUUUCUAAAAUUAAGUUAUAUUUAUUACAGAUUGAAAAUAAUAAACAAUUGGUUUCCAACUAAUUAACUUCAUAGUUAAUUGCUAUUUCCUUGUUUGUUUUAUAAUUUAAUUACUUUUAAAUAGGCGAAUACCUAUUCCCAUUAUAUUUUAAUUACUAAUUCAAGUAUUAGUCAUUGAAGAGUUACUAUCUUAUCUCUUCUCAUUUUGUCAUUUUGAACCGGAAUUUCGUGCGUAAUUUAUUCACUAUUCAUGUGACUAUGAUUCAUUUUCUACUCUUUUGAUAAAUCCUCACUAUAAUUUUUCAUACGAAAUGGGGGAAAAUGAGAGAGCAUAUAAAUCAUACUUGAGUAUGAAUUGUAAAUCAUUUAAAAUUUAAAAGUAAAUAAGGGUACGACCACAAAAAUGGCAUAAGAUAUACUUCAUUAACUAACUAGUUAUU